GUUGAGGACCUUAACUGCUUGGUCAAGAAGAAAGCUCUUCAAAGAACAUCGGCGAGCAAAAGCAUCACCGGACGGCGCCUGAGAUUUCGCCAUGGACGUGGUUAAGUCGCAGCAAACAUCAUCACGUCCCAUUGAGAAAGUAGUUGUUCAUCCUCUGGUAUUGCUCAGCAUUGUCGACAACUUCUACCGAGUUGCCAAGGACACCAGUAAACGAGUUGUUGGAGUUUUACUCGGAAGUUCAUUCAGAGGAAUUGUUGAUGUCACCAAUAGUUAUGCAGUGGCCUUUGAGGAGGAUGAGAAAGACUUUAGCAUAUGGUUUCUUGACCACGACUAUCUUGAAUCUAUGUUUUCAAUGUUCAAAAGAAUAAAUGCUAAGGAGUACAUCAUAGGCUGGUAUAGUAGUGGUCCAACAUUACAGGAAAAUGAUUUAGAUAUUCACCAAUUGUUCCACAAAUACGUCCCGAAUCCUGUUUUCGUAGUUAUUGAUCUGGAACCCGAGGAUCUUGUCUUACCUACCAAGGCCUAUUGCGAUGUUGAAGAAGUUCAGGAGAAUGCUACUCAGAAGAGCCAAAAGAUUUUUGUGCAUGUGCCUUCAGAAAUUGGAGCACACGAGGUUGAGGAAAUUGGAGUUGCACACUUACUAAGAGAUGUUAAAGACGCCGCCAUCAGCACGCUUGCUACUGAGGUUUCUGGAAAGCUUACAGGUCUAAAAGGUUUGGAUUCAAGUUUGCGAGAGAUUCGCAGUUACCUUGACCUUGUUGUGGAUGAAAAACUUCCUAUAAAUCAUGAGAUUCUAUACUAUUUACAGGAUGUAUUCAACCUGUUUCCUAAUCUGAAUGUGGCUGAUUUGGUUAAAGCAUUUUCAGUAAAAACCAAUGAUAUGUUGCUGGUCAUAUAUCUCUCUUCUUUGAUCCGAAGUGUGAUUGCACUCCAUAACUUGAUUAGAAACAAGAUGUUAAAUAAAGAGCACGAGAAAGCAGAGGAUGCAAAAUCCGCUAGUGUUGCAGCUUCAUCAGGAAACUAAAUCUUAUGUUUGCUUGUCGGUUGAAGAUACGUAUUAUAACUGCGGUCGCGGCUUCUUUCUCAACAACUAUGUUUCUCCUACAUUGCACAAAGCAAGACUCUACAAAAGAACCAGGUGCUCUCAAUAUUUCUCAUUCCUUCUUUGGUUAUAUGAUUUACUUCAAUUUUUCUCUAUAUUUCUCAAAACUUGAACCGCUGAUCUUUGUUAGUCAGUGAACCAUAUCUUAGUCACUUGAUUGUUACAUCUUUUGUUUUGAGUGGUUUAUAGAAUUUGGAAUCUUAAAUACUUUGUUUUUUGGACAUCUUGUGUCUUUUUCCCCCUCUUUAAGUAAGUAUUCUUCUUAGAUAGUGUGUCAAAGAAGGAUAAUAUGCAAUGAAAUCCUUUGCAUGGAGUGGCCCCUCCAGACUGUGACAAUGGAAAUAUUCUACUUUUGAAGGUUUUGUUUGUUUAGAAGGCUUUUGAAAAAGUUGUUGAUGCU